AUGGAUGCGGCUGGGACGCUGCUGGCGGGCGCGGCGCUGCUGCUGGGGCUUUACGCGCUGCUCUACUACAAGUUGGUGGCGGCCACCCGGUGCCGGAACGCGGUCAGCCUGCGGGGCAAGACGGUUCUCAUCACAGGUGGAAAUACAGGGAUCGGGAAGGCCACAGCGGUGGAUCUGGCCCGGAGAGGGGCCCGUGUCAUUUUGGCAUGCCGCAACAAAGCAAGAGGAGAAUUGGCCGUGUACGACAUCAGACGGGAAAGCGGGAACUCGGAGGUGAUCCUGAUGAUCCUGGAUCUGGCCAACUUGAACUCGGUGCGAACUUUUGCACAUAUGUUCUUAAAAUCGGAGCCCCGUCUGGACAUCCUCAUCAAUAAUGCUGGGGUUUUUGAGGCUGGCCAAACAGCUGAUGGCUUUGACCUGGCCUUCCAAGUCAACCACUUGGGCCACUUCUUGCUGACCCACUUGCUCCUGGACCGGCUGAAGCGCUGCGCCCCAAGCCGGAUUGUAAUCUUGACCUCGAGUGCACAUUUGUUCGGGAAGAUCGACUUUCGGACCAUCCACAAGCCGGGGGAGGGGAUGUGGCAGGCCCCAAAAUCGUACUUCAACAGCAAACUAGCCAACAUUCUCCACACGCGAGAGUUGGCCAACCGGCUGGAAGGAACCAACGUCACCUGCUACGUGGUUCAUCCAGGAGCUGUUAGAACCGAACUUGGUCGUUCCUUUCCACAGUGGCUAUUUUGGUCACUUUGGUUCACGAGCUUCAUGUUCAGCCGAGAUUGCGACGCUGGUGCCCAGACCUCCAUCUACUGCUCCACUGAGGAGGGCAUCGAGAGGCUGAGCGGACGGUAUUUCGUGGACUGUCAGGUCUCGGAGCCCUGGCCGCCAGCCUUCGAUGACCAGCUGGCCAAGAAGCUCUGGGAAUUCAGCGAGAGUCUGCUGGGACUGACCACUGAAGACGGGAAGGGACAGGGGUAACGGAAAAAGGGUGACCAAUGAAACUGGGAGAUCAAACUGCAGGGAAUUUGAAAACUACACAGGGGUCGUGGUGUGGCUGAGACAAGGGUAGGAUUUCCGGAAAGUUUAAUAGCUAGAAAGUAUUGUGGGAUUUGUCGUGGUGAGUUGCUCAGCAUUGGGUUUGAAAGUGGACAGCCAUAAGAAUUUUU